CGGAAGUUGCUAAGAGAUCGUAAACAGUGCUCAGGCUGUAGCAAAAGAUGUGUGGCUGUGCAUCUAGCGCUGCGGACAAAAAGUCAUAUUCUCUAAAUCAGCCGGGAGAUGCUUCUUCUUCGAAGAAAGGCACAAAUUCAACUUCCAAGAAGAUGGCCAAGCCUAUUCCAAUAUCCAAGCAGCUGGCUUCCAUAAAAGCUCUAGGGAAAGGCUCAGAUCUGGAGAAAGCUGUUGCGACAGCAGCCUUGGUUUAUGACAACGUUGCAGACACAGAGGGCAAGCUCAGCAAAGCCGAAGCAAAAAAGUUGCUCGAGACUCAGUUUGUGCAUUUCAUGCAGGGUCAGGAAACCAAGCCAAAAUACCAAGAGAUCAUUUCUGCUCUUGAGGAGAACAGGGACGGCGAAAUUGACUUUGAAGACUUCAUGGUUCAGUUGCUUAGCCUCACCCUGAUGUCUGAUCUCCGGGAAGAGAUCCGAAACGUGAAAAAAACAAAGUGAUAAAGGAUGCUGGAUUGAACAGAUCUUUUGGGUGGUGGGAUGGGGGGGGAGAGAAACUAAGGGGAGCAUCUUAUUUUUAUGGCAUGUUUCCAGAAUGAAAGAUAGAUCACUGGUAUCCUUGGCAGAAUUGUGGAGCACAGACGUAUGGGUGACUCCCCACUUAUGCGGGGGUUUCGUUCUGGUGCCCUACGUGCAUAAGUGAAAUUUCUGUAAGUGGGGAGCACACUCUAAACACACUUUUCAUGCCCUUUCUGCCACUGUCUCUCCAAUUCAUAUCAAAAAUGCUGUACCAAAAAUAUCCGCAAAGGAAUUG